ACCGAAGACAGGUUGAUCAGCUUCACCUGUGCCUUACAUAUUCUGGGGCUUUUUUUGCAACAAUAUCUUCUGGGAAUUGUGCAGUGAUUGGAGUUUAUUGUCGCGAAAUAUAAUGCAACACAAGUUCUUAAGAAUAUUCAUAUCCUUUCUUCACUAAGUAACAGUUUAAAUCAGUGAUUUGUGUGGUAUUUGCUGCUCCUUUUGUGAAUAAUUCAGAUUCCGCAAACUGACGCAACACGCAGACAAGAUGGCUUACGAUAAUCACGGCAUGAAUGACUCAAUGUUGAACAUACCUUCUGAGCCAAGAGGAGCUUACACUGGCUCAAAUCAGUUUAUUCUCAACGAGGAUGAGAGGAAGACAACGAGGGAUCAUCUUAGGGCCGUUGCACCGUGGUGUCGACAGAGGGCGAGGAACAUCUUCCGCAAGAAGACGCUGUACAAGAGACUCCCAAUUCUCAGCUGGUUGCCAAAGUACUCUGGAGCUGAUGCUGUGGGGGAUUUGGUGGCGGGAAUCACCGUGGGAUUGACGGUAAUUCCGCAGGCGUUGGCGUACGCGGGAAUCGCGGGAUUGCCGGCGGCUUAUGGCUUGUACGGCUCCUUCAUGGGCUGCUUCGUUUACAUCAUCCUGGGCUCGCACAAGGACGUGCCCCUUGGCCCCACUGCCAUCGCCUCGCUGCUCACGCUGCAGGCAUCGGCCGGCGUGUGGCAGAGAGCCGUGCUGCUGGGCUUCCUCACGGGCAUCAUCGAGAUCCUCAUGGGCAUCCUGGGACUCGGCUUUCUGCUGGACUUCGUAUCAGGACCCGUCAAUUGUGGCUUCACGAGCGCCGUGGCGCUCAUCAUUCUCUCCUCUCAAGUCAAGGAUGUGCUGGGAAUCGCCGCCUCAGGGAACACGUUCGUGCAGAUGUGGACGUCGAUCAUUGAGCACAUCCAGGACACGAGACUCUGGGACACUGUCCUGGGAAUUGUGUGCAUAAUUGUCCUGCUGCUCAUGCGGAUGAUUGCGAACGUUAAAAUCGGGCCUGUGAACAAUGAAGACAAGACGACAAUGCACAAGGCCGUGAAUAAGAUCCUUUGGCUCAUUGGAACGUCCAGGAAUGCCAUUCUUGUGGUGAUCACUGGAGGAAUUGGAGCUGCCGUUCACUAUUCCGGACACGCUUACUUCAAACUCAUCGGCGAGAUUCCGCCGGGUCUUCCGGCAUUCCAGGCGCCGCCUUUCUCCAUUCCCGCCGUCACCAAUGGCACAGAAAUCCUCCAGGAGGAGGAAUCCUUCACGGAAAUGGUCUCAAAUCUCGGCUCUGGACUCAUUGUCAUCCCUCUGAUUGCCCUGCUGGAGAACAUGGCGAUCUGCAAGGCCUUUGCCGAUGGUAAGACGAUUGACGCUUCCCAGGAAUUGAUAGCCAUCGGCACGGCCAAUGUGUUCAACUCCUUCGUCCAGGGUUAUCCGGGAAACGGCGCCCUGUCCAGAGGAGCUGUAAAUCACGCCAGCGGCGCCAGAACUCCCAUGGGAAGUCUCUACACUGGCAUCCUCGUCAUCCUGGCUCUGCUCUUCUUCACGCCCUACUUUUACUACAUCCCCAGAGCCGCUCUAGCUGCCAUCAUCAUCGCCGCCGUGAUUUUCAUGGUCGAAGUGCGAGUGAUCAAGCCGAUGUGGCGAAGUAAAAAAACCGAUCUUCUUCCCGGAAUUGCUGCCUUUAUCGCUUGUCUGGCGCUUCCGCUGGAGUUUGGAAUUCUGGUGGGAAUUGGAAUCAAUGUGAUCUUUAUUCUCUACCAUUCUGCACGCCCGAAGAUUUCUGUUGAAUUAUGCGCAACAACUGGCGUGAACAGCAAAUACCUCAUGAUAACACCCGACAGAUGUCUGAUCUUCCCGUCGACGGAAUACGUGCGGAACCUGGUGAACAAGCAGGGUCUCAAGUCCCAAACGCCAGUCGUCAUCGACUGCAGUCACAUCUACGGCGCCGACUACACGGCGGCCACGGUCGUUGAGACGUUAGUGAGCGACUUCGAGUCGCGCAACCAGAAGAUCCUCUUCUACAACCUGAAGCCUUCCGUUCUGCACGUAUUCGAGGGCGUUGAUAACAAGAUUCUCGUCUAUUACGACUUUGACGCCCUCGAGCGCAUGAUCAAUGAGAAGUGAUGCUUGCAGGUCUGCAAUGAUUAGGCUUAAGCUUAGACAGUAAGUUGUACAAAUGAUCCACUGCAUCUGUAAAACGUCUUCCAACGAAGACUCUUUAUUUUUAGUAUUGUAAUCAUUGUAAUGUAAUAAAUUAUU